GAAUUCUUUGACUGGCACUGAAGGAAGGGGGGGGGGAUAUUUUUCCCCCACGUUUUUUAGUUUUUCUCAUUAUUCUUUUUCUCUGGGAAAUCACUGACUGGGGGGGGUCGGUUUCUUUUUUCCCUCCCCCCCUUUCUUUGGAGGGGGAUUUCAGGAGAUCCAUCCUUCUUUCCCCUCCCCUCCAAAGAUUUUUUUUUCAUCCUUCGUCUUUGUGGAAAUGUGGACAUUUCAGGCAGACAGAUUGAGUGGAAUUGUCUCUGCUUUAGCAGCUCUUUGUGUCGCCUGCUGUGCGCAAAGCCCAUCCACUGGGAAUAUUUCUGUGGUGAAAGAAAUUGUGGACAAACUGCUGAAGGGCUAUGACGUCCGCCUCAGGCCUGACUUUGGAGGUAACCCUGUCACAGUGGGAAUGAGCAUCCAUAUCUCCAGCAUUGACCAGAUCUCUGAAGUCAACAUGGACUACACCAUCACCAUGUACUUCCAGCAGAGCUGGCGGGACAAACGCCUGGCAUAUAACGACCUUCCUCUCAACCUGACCCUGGACAACCGGGUGGCCGACCAGCUGUGGCUGCCAGACACCUAUUUCCUGAAUGACAAGAAGUCCUUUCUGCAUGGGGUGACGGUGAAGAAUCGCAUGAUUCGACUCCAUCCUGAUGGGACAGUCCUGUAUGGCCUGAGGAUCACCACCACGGCCGCCUGCAUGAUGGACCUGCGGAGGUACCCGCUGGACCAGCAGAACUGCACGCUGGAGAUUGAGAGCUAUGGUUACACGGUUGAUGACAUUGUCUUCUUCUGGCAAGGAAAUGAUUCUGCUGUCACAGGGAUGGAAGUGCUAGAACUGCCCCAGUUCACCAUUAUCGAGCAGAGACUGGUCAGCAGGGAAGUGGUCUUCACCACCGGUUCAUACCUGCGCUUAUCUUUGAGUUUCCGAAUUAAGAGGAACAUUGGUUACUUCAUCCUGCAGACUUACAUGCCAUCUAUCCUCAUCACCAUUCUGUCCUGGGUGUCUUUUUGGAUCAAUUACGAUGCUUCUGCUGCACGAGUGGCACUGGGGGUCACCACGGUACUCACAAUGACUACCAUCAACACUCAUCUGCGGGAAACUCUCCCUAAGAUCCCUUACGUCAAGGCUAUUGAUGUUUACCUCAUGGGCUGCUUUGUCUUUGUGUUCCUGGCACUCCUGGAAUAUGCUUUCGUCAACUACAUAUUCUUUGGACGAGGCCCCCGGCAGCAGAAGAAACAGAGUGAACGGAUCAGCAAGGCCAACAAUGAACGCCAUCGUUAUGAAGAAAAGAGGGUGAGAGAGCAGGUUGACCCUUACGGUAACAUCCUCCUCAGCACUCUGGAUAUGAACAACGAGCUGCUGGCCACGGACAUGAUGAGCAGUGUUGGCGACUCUCGAAACUCUGUCAUGUCCUUUGAAGGCUCAGGAAUUCAGUUCCGCAAGCCACUGGCCUCCCGGGAUGGAUUUGGUCACCACCCAACCCUGGACCGCCAUGUCCCACUGACCCACCAUGCCGCAGCCCGCAACCGUGCCAACUGCCGUCUCCGUCGGCGGUCAUCUAAGCUGAAGCUCAAAAUCCCAGACCUAACAGAUGUCAGCACCAUUGACAAGUGGUCAAGAAUCAUUUUUCCUAUCACCUUUGGAUUCUUCAACCUUGUUUACUGGUUGUACUAUGUAAAUUGAUGCCUGCAGCCUCCAAGAGAGAUAGGGACAGACACUCAGACAAUGACAACACAGGAGUGUUGUGGUCUUUUG